AUGAUACCCAAGGGGAUGACGGUCAAGACGAUCCGGAACAAACUGCCACCGCUGCGGGCAAUCGGACAGGUGGUCUUUAGAACGCGAUUCCUAUUUUUCGUCUUUCUUUCGGCGUUCAUUAUAAUACUAUGGCGGGGGUUCAGCUCCUCCGCCGCGAAUAUGCAAAAAUUUUACUGCUUUGGUCCUGCUAGGUCACCUAUGGAAAUCUCCCAAAAUGAGCAUGCGAACUGUCACAUUGAUUUGAACCCAAUCAAGUCCACUCGCGAUGCCGUCAAGAAUAAAGAGCGAGUGUUGAUUCUCACCCCGCUUCGCGACGCCUCAUUCUACAUCACUAGGCACUUUGACCUCCUCUCUCAACUGACGUACCCUCAUGACCUUAUCGACCUUGCGUUCUUGGUCAGCGAUACCACUGAUGACACCGUAGCGAUCCUGAGCUCGGAGCUCCAGCGGAUCCAGACCAACCCGGACGCGGCAAUUCCGUUCAGAAGUGUCAUGAUCGUUGAGAAGGAUUUCGGCGUUGUGGUUGCACAGAGCGUCGAGCAGAGGCACAGCUUUGAGUUCCAAGGGCCCAGGAGAAAGGCAAUGGGUAAAGCAAGGAACUACUUGCUCUCAGCCUCCCUGAAGCCCGAUCACAGCUGGGUGUACUGGAGGGACGUGGACAUCAAGGACUCUCCAAAGACAAUCCUGCAGGACUUUAUCGCCCACGAUAAGGAUAUUUUGGUGCCCAACGUUUGGUUCCACAGAUAUGAGAACGGCCGUGACAUUGAAGGACGCUUCGAUUACAACUCAUGGCAAGAAUCCGAGAAGGGCCUUGCUUUGGCUGCCUCGUUACCCAAGGACACCGUCCUCGCCGAAGGUUACAAGCAAUACGACACUGGGCGCAAGUACAUGGCCAAGAUGGGUGAUUGGCGCAACAACAAGGAUGAGGAGAUAGAGCUCGAUGGUAUUGGUGGUGUCAACAUUGUUGUAAAGGCUGAUGUUCAUCGUUCGGGAGUCAAUUUCCCUGCCUACGCUUUUGAGAAUCAAGCCGAGACGGAAGGAUUCGCAAAGAUGGCCAAGCGUGCCGGAUACCAAGUGAUUGGUCUGCCAAACUAUGUCGUCUGGCACAUUGAUACGGAGGAGAAGCCCGGAAACUUGGGCAGACGACCGGCAUAA